AGCUCAGUUUCAGAGGAGACCCCCCUGCAUGUCCUGCCAGGUCGUCCCCAUCAACAGCUGGGCCAGCGGGGGCCACGCCAUGGAGCCCACACGCAGCCACACGGCAGCCAUGCUCUCCAUCUCUCCUCCGGUGGAUUUUGUGCUGGGGGCCACGGCCUGCUGCAUGGCCUGCGUCUUCACCAACCCUCUGGAGGUGGUGAAGACCCGCCUGCAGCUGCAAGGGGAGCUCCGCUCGCGGGGCACCUACCCUCGCCAUUACCGGGGGGUCCUGCACGCCAUGGUGGCUGUCAGCCGGGCUGAUGGACUCCGGGGGCUCCAGAAAGGCCUGACAGCUGGGCUGCUCUAUCAGGGACUGAUGAACGGCGUGCGCUUCUUUUUCUACUCCCACGCCGAAGACAUCGGCUUGACGCAGCAGCCGGGCGGGACCAUUGUGGCGGGGGCCGUGGCCGGGGCGCUGGGGGCCUUCGUGGGCAGCCCAGCCUAUCUGGUCAAGACGCAUCUCCAGGCCCAGACUUUGGCCGCCAUCGCCGUGGGGCACCAGCACAACCACCAGAGUGUCUCCAGCGCCUUUGAGACCAUCUACAAGAAGCAAGGCCUCCUGGGACUGUGGCGAGGGGUGAACGGGGCUGUGCCUCGCGUCAUGGUGGGCUCGGCCGUCCAGCUGGCCACUUUUGCCUCCGCCAAAGAGUGGGUCAGGAAGCAAAAGUGGUUCAAGGAAGACAGCUGGAUGGUGGCGCUUGCUGGUGGCAUGAUCAGCAGCGUGGCUGUUGCUGUGGCUAUGACGCCCUUCGACGUGGUGAGCACCAGACUCUACAACCAGCCAGUGGACGAGCUGGGCAUGGGCAAGCACUACCGUGGCUUCUUCGACUGCGUGGUGCAAGUCACCGGCAAGGAGGGUGUUCUGGCCCUCUACAAGGGCCUGGGACCUGCCUACCUCCGCCUGGGACCACACACCAUUCUCAGCCUCCUCUUCUGGGACGAACUGAGGAAAUUCACCUACCAGCUCCAGGGGGCUUGAAAACCCUGCAAGAAAAGAUGACAUUUCCAAAGAGAGGGGCGCCUGCUCUCUUCCUCCCUCUCCCCGCCUCACUGAUGGGACCAGAACAUGGGGUGGGAGGCUGGUCUUUUCCCAGGCAGCUUUGGAAUGAAGAGAGGGGCUUUUGGCGCUGCCUGUCCUCUUUUCCCUGGACCAGAGGUCUUGGGUGGGGGGCGGUCGUACAGCCCCUUCUUCCAGGAGACAGUUGGGAGCACCUGGUCCUUCCCCAUCUCGUUUUCUCACUCAUCGUGUGACACCAGAGAAGUGGCCUCCAAGAACCAACUUUGUGGUUUUCUGAAAAGCAAGAAUUGCAAACACACACUCGGUGCACGAGAAGGACGGUUGCCCCUGAGCCAAACAGCAGCUUCACAUCAACGUUUCCUUUUUUGGGAGGGGUGAGGCUGCUCAGGGAGGGGCAUAUCCAGACUUGCUGCAGCUCCACCUGCGCAGAUUUGGGUGUUUGGUGGCCUGCAAACAGUAUCCUGUCCAUCCCCUGCCUUGGGACACACACUCCCUGCAACCAAAUGGGUAGAGAAUGGGCACCAGGCAUUAACAGACCAAAAUAAAAGGGUAAAUGGCAUGAGAAGGCUGGCCCGGUGAGCCUCUCCCAGUCAUGAGGCCUGAUGGGCCAGUGCAGAAGGCUCCAAAGCUUGGGUCUAAGGUAGACCGCAGCACAUCCCCCUGCUUGUGCCAGGGGAAGAGGAGAAAACCAAAGAAGCGACAGGGAAAGGUGAGCAGAAAGACAAAACAUAUGUGCGGAGAGUGAGAGGCAAAAGUGAGUCGCCCUUAGCAGAAGAGGCUCCUGCUUUUUGAAGAGGCGGAGGCUUCUGUCCUAGAGGCAGUGGCACCCUCACAAAGCCCAUUCAGUCCUCAGGAGUUGGGGAAGGCGCUGUAGCUCUGCGGCCUCCUUGCCAUUUGCAGGCAGUCUCAGGUUCAGUCUCCUAGCCUGAAACCCUGGAGAGCUGACAAUAGGUCUGUUUUGAACCUCUGAACCCAUCAGAUGGGAGUUUGAGGAGUGCAAGCAGGAGAGGAGCUGUGGCCACUUUCAGGAACAGCAGAGCUGUGUUUUGGGUUGAGGUCGAAAUCCUCCGGAGACAUCUGCGACGCAGGCAACGCCUUAGCCUCUGACAUUUGGACCCUGCCAAGUUCCCGUCUGUCCUCCUUGCACCUUGCCAAGAGCAGAGCACCCCCCUCCCUCCGGGACUGGGGAAGGGGGGGUGGCAGGUUUGCUCAGCAAGGUGAUCUUGUUUCCUCCAACAGCUGCUGUAACUGGAGCCCAGUGGCUGGGCAGAGCUCAAGUCCAAUAAAGAUUGUUUCUACUUUGUUGUA